AUGGAUCAAGAUGAUCUUGAUGAUCUAAAUGACCCGGAUCUCAAAGCCGCCAUUGAAGCCUCGCUUCGAGACACCCAAAGAUCUAAUCCCAGUGGCGAAUCAUCGUCUCGAGUGACCCAUCACAGUUUGGUAGAUCUGACUGCUGAUUCGGAUGACGAGUCUGAUGUGAAAGAGGUCCACCCAAAGUCCAAGUCGCUCAUUGGCUCUGAGACUGAGGAUGAGGCUGAAGAAGAUGAGGACGACGAAGAACUCAAGCGAGCCCUCGCAAUGUCCUUGGAGAAAAACACAAAGGAGGAUGUUUCUCAAGCUCCGAUUCCCUCUGCAACAGAGAAAAUUUCCACCAUGUUAUCGAACGCAUCUGCUCCCAAUGUCCCAGUGGCCUCGAAACCCUCGGGUAUCCUGGGCCUGAACCGAAAGCAGAUGGAGGAAGAGCGUCUCGCACGACUUAAAAAACGCAAAGCCGACGAUGGUUCUUCUCCAUUGCCAGAAUCGGAGUCAAAGGUUCCCAGAACCGAGCCUGUACUGAGAGACACGGCUAUCCCAUUCUCAAGCCCUACCUUGACCUCGACACCUCCUUCGAACAUCUGCCAAAGCACAGCAGCAAAUUCAUCGAAAUUUGGUGUGCAGCCAACCGCUCGACCCGUACCCCAGUGGCCCCUGGGAGCUGUCAAGAAGACACAUGUGUCCGGUAUCCCGCGAAAGGGGGAUGACAUCACAAUUGAAGAGGUGUUUCAACGAGCUGACUUGGAGCUUGCAGUUCUCAGCUCGUUCAUGUGGGAUAUGGAAUGGCUAUUUUCAAAGCUGGACACUCAGCGAACGAGAUUUAUUUUCGUGAUGCAGGCCAAGGAAGAAGAAACAAAACUUCAAUAUCAGCAAGAAACAUCAGACAUGCCGAACCUCAAACUGUGCUUUCCACCGAUGGAUGGCCAGAUCAACUGCAUGCACUCCAAGCUGAUGCUUCUGUUUCACCGGGAAUACCUUCGCAUCGUAGUUCCAACAGCAAACCUCACUACUUUUGAUUGGGGCGAGAACGGCUUGAUGGAAAACAGUGCCUUUUUGAUUGAUCUCCCCAAGAAAUCCGACGACAUUUCCUCCCAGUGCUCGAAGACUGCAUUCUAUGAAGAGUUGGUCUACUUCCUCAAGGCCAUGACCCUUCACGAGAACGUAAUUUCCAAGCUUGACAGCUUUGAUUUCAGCAAGACUGCCCGCUACGCAUUUGUGCAUACAGUUGGGGGAUCUCACACAGGUGACUCAUGGAAGCGAACUGGGCAUUGCGGACUAGGGCGUGCGGUGGCCAGGUUGGGACUUCAGUCACCCAAGCCAAUCAACAUUGAGUUUGUGGCCACAGACGUCUUCCGUCGGCUCUCUGACCGAGGAAUUCCUUCGAGCUAUCUACCUCGUGACGACGGCCUGACUGAGUACAUAAUCCGCAACACAAAAGCUUCCGCUGUAUCAUCGCACCCCAGAGAUCCUGAGAAAAAAAUCACAAAAGAGACAGGCAAGGAAUGGCGUGAUCGGUUCCGCGUCUAUUUUCCAUCCGAUCAGACCGUGAGACGCGCACAUUCUAACCCUGCCAUGACGGCAGGCACUAUCUGCUUCCAGUCAAGGUGGUGGCAGGGCGCAAAGUUCCCGCGGCAUGUGAUGAGAGAUUGCGAGAGUGAGAGAGGGUCUGUGUUGAUGCACAACAAGAUCAUCUAUGUCUCGCCGGUAGAAGCUAUUAUCCUGCCAGAUGAGACCCAGUUUCACGGAUGGGCUUAUGUCGGGAGUGCCAAUUUGUCUGAAAGUGCUUGGGGAAGGCUAGUCAAGGAUCGAGGAACAGGUCAACCAAAGCUGAACUGCCGUAACUGGGAAUGCGGUGUGGUUGUACCUAUCACUGAGACUGACCUUACUACCCAAGGAAAGCAGGGCAUGAUGAACGGUAAAGCAGAAAGCUCCGGGUAUUUCCCAGCUGGGAUAUUCCGUGACACCGUUCCGGUUGUGAUGAAGACCCCGGCGCGGCAGUUGAAGGAGGGACUGGAUCCGUGGUUUUUCAUGGGUUGA